AUGUUCCGGGCCACCUCUGCUCUGUUUUCGAAAGCUUCCAGGUUACCUUUGACCUCGAAGAAGGCUAACAAGGAUUUCUACAAGGGUGCGUAAUUGAGACCAGACCCGAGCUCGUGCGCGAGUGUAGAGAUAUGCACAGACUGCUACGUCAGGGGCUACCCUCUUGGUUGGUACGUCGCGAGCUGAUAUCAUGACUUCUCCAUGACGCAGGUACGGGAGCGCUGAAUGUCUUGCGAAGGAAGCGGAUAGCAUUGGCCGACCGCAAAGGUCAACAGCUGGAUAACAAGACGUGGACCUUGAUGACGCACAGAUUAGACGAGCUGCGCGUUCCAGCGUACAUUGUUCCACCUGGUCUGAACGAUCCAGACGUGAGUGGCUGAUCGCCUCAGAGCUCUAUGCACUUCGACGAGAGCCGCAGACCAUGCGCUGGAACUAGACAUUUCUCGCGUGCAGUGGACUUGCAUGCUUACGCAUUCCUUGGCUGUCAUUCAUAUCCUACACAGAACCUCAGACCUUAUGUGUACAGAGGUUCUGAAGAGGCCGGCGGUACACCUGUCAACCCAAAACCCGGCUAUCCUGAUGGCCCACGCAUGACAUCGACAGGGUUCGAUGCGGCGUACUACAGAAAAGUUUCGGGGGGCGUGUACCAAAGGAGGGCGGUCAAGGAUGGAGUGGCGAUUGAAGAAAAGUGA